CGCGAUUUUGAUUUUGACAUUUGACUUUAUUUACUUUACAAAUUUGAAGUAAACCAUUACCAUUUGUUAUAUUAUUCUUUAUAAAAAGGAGGUAACAGAAAAAGCAAUUAUGGGAACUAAAGAAGCGAUUUUACCAAAUUCCGAAAACUUAAACACAAAAAAUGGAAAUUUUAUAUGUGGUGUUGUUGAGGGUUUUUAUGGAAGACCUUGGACUACCGAGCAACGAAAAGAUCUAUUUCAAAAGAUGAAGAAAUGGGGCAUGGACUCCUAUGUCUAUGCUCCAAAAGAUGACUACAAGCACAGAGCAUACUGGCGUGAGCUAUAUACAGUUGAAGAAGCAGAACAUCUUACAGGCCUAAUUCAAGCAGCAAAGGACCAAAAUAUUGUUUUUUAUUAUGCAUUAUCACCAGGUCUUGACAUUACAUAUUCAAGUGCAAAGGAAAUUACCACACUAAAAAGAAAACUUGAACAAGUAUCUCAGUUUGGAUGUUCAGCUUUUGCCCUCUUGUUUGAUGAUAUUGAACCUGAAAUGUCUGAAGCAGAUAAAGAAGUCUUUCAAUCAUUUGCCCAAGCACAAGUAUCUAUAACAAAUGAUAUAUAUCAACAUUUAGGUCAACCAAAAUUUUUAUUGUGUCCAACACAGUACUGUUCAACAAGGGCGGUGCCUAAUGUUACUAAUUCUGAGUAUUUAAAUACCUUGGGAUCAAAAUUAGCUCAUGAAAUUGACAUCAUGUGGACAGGCCAAAAGGUGAUUUCAAGGGUUUUAACUAAAGAAAAUUUGCAAGAAAUAACAGAAGUAUUAAGAAGGGCACCAGUAAUUUGGGAUAAUUUGCAUGCAAAUGAUUAUGACCAAAAGCGAGUCUUUCUUGGGCCUUAUUCAGGAAGAUCUCCAGAUUUAAUUCCCAAACUACGAGGGGUGUUGACCAACCCUAACUGUGAAUAUGGAGCCAAUUUUGUUGCCAUACAUACUUUGGCACAGUGGUCGAGAUGCAAUUUGGAUGGGCAAAGGGAUCUUACAUUGAAUGACUCAGUUUCUGCCGAUAUUAAAUUAGAAACUGAAACUGAAGAUGGUGUGACAGGGGAGGACGUGCCUGCUACUCUUCCACCUAAUAUGUAUCACCCCAAACAAGCUCUGAAAAAUGCCAUCAAUGAUUGGUUGCCAGAGUUUGGCAAACAUAAAAAUGCUUGGGGACCAAUUGCUAAACCACAGCCUGCAGUAGCAAUUGUUCCCGUGCCAAUAAUACCCUCAAUCAAUACCUGUAUGAGUCUCACUACAGGGACCACGACCACCACAUCAGCAGUGACCCAACCUAUUGUGUCUUCUAAUCAAUUACAGGCUCUCGCUGAAGUCUGCAGCACAGUAUCAUCUGUAACCGAGACCAGUUUUAACCCCACACCAGGUCCCGUGAUGAACUCAUUAGUGUCUGAAACGAAAGUCGUAUGCAAUGAAUCUAUUCCUAAUCCUAUUGCUCCUGUACCAAUACCAGUAGCCCUCAGUGAUGACAAAAACAAGAGCAUCACUAUCCUAAACGGGGUCAUAGUAAAACCGGACAAAAAUAAAAGUGGAAACUGCCAAAUUGUGAAUGGGGGCGCUUCAGCUGUACCUCCAAAAGAAACUAAAGAUGAAUGCGUCAUGAACACGGACCCCAGUAUAAGUAACGAGUCUAGUCUGAGUCCAUUGGAACCUAUGGAUUGCAAUAGUACUCCGAAUAUAUCUCCGGCUCACGGUUUAAAGGUUCCCAGCGAGUCGACUGAGGACGUCGCAAUGAGCGAAAAUUCGACUUCCAGUGGCUCUAUGCAAGUGGAGAGUACUGCCGAAACUAGUCAGAUGAUAGUGGAAAAUCAAGCAGAUAGUGAUAGAAAAGGCCACGAGUUGACUUAUGAGGACUUGUCGCUGUUGUGCGAUUUAUUUUACCUUCCUUUUGAACAUGGCAGCCAAGCACUACAGUUGCUGCAGGAGUUUAAUUGGCUGAAGUCGAACGCUCACGUCGUUAUAGCUGCGAAUCAAAACAAAGAUAAAACCCCUGAGGCGCAAGAAUGGUUCUCGAGGGCCGAAAAGUUGAACGAAAUGACGCAGGCCGUCAAUAAGUUAUUUCAACACAUGUCUUCUUGCAACAACAGAGAGUUGUUAUACGAUCUCUAUUCCUAUAUUUGGGAUAUCCGUGGAGUUAUAUCCCUGCUGAACUCGUACGUCAAAUGGCUCGCCAAUGGCCAGUUUCCCCCGUCGAUGCCGUCGUACACACAGGGGACGUACACAUGGUUUUCGAAGGGGUGGAAGGAGACCUUUAUGUCCGGCGACCAGGAACCGUGGGUGUUUCGCGGGGGAUUGACCGCAGAUCUCCAGCGCCUAAUUCCGGUCGACUCCGGAAACGACCUGUUCGUGUACAAAGUUCCGGACGUGCCGACGAAUCGAGUGUACACAAUCCGACCUUACUUACCGACUGACGAAAAGCAAGUAUACAGUGUGUGCACACGCACAUGCAAGGAAGGUCUGGUAGAUCCUCAUCCUUAUCCUCCCGAACUGGCCAACAUACAAGCGGACAGGAUAGUCGGUCCCUAUCUAAUUUUGCACCCGGAAUUUUGUUUCGUGGUCGAGGACGAUACCGAAGUUGUAGGUUACGUAUGCGCCGCACCCGAUUACAAAAAGUUUAGGAUAAAACAAGAGUUGGCGUGGAUACCGGAAAUGUGCGAAAAAUACCCGGAGCAUUUGGCGAAAGACGCCUGCAAAGAGGUUCAAGAUUGCAUUUCCCAUUUUUACAAUUUCAAAGACGAAGUUUACGUCAGCAGUCCCACCCACCCUUCUAGCAUGAUCUGCAGCAUUUUGCCUUCCGUUAUCGAUCAAUCGAUUAGUAAAAGAUUGGUGACGUGCCUGCUGGCCGCGUUAAGGGCAAAUGGUUCGUUUGGUGUUCACGUCGUCAUGAACGCGUCCGAUAGCUACACGCAUGCGUUUUACGGAAAACUGGGAUUCAUCGAAAAUACGCACGAGGCCAUUAAAGGGAAAAUUGUGAUGGGACGUACGUUCUAAUUGUUAAACCACAAUCAUUGGAAAAUCUUAAUCUCAGACUGACUAUUUUGUUGUUUUGUAUUAGAAAUUUGAAGCAUAGAGUUUGAUUCCUAUGUUAUAUUGUCGGUGUUCGGUGAAAACGUAUAGAAGCUUGCGUUUACUGGCGGUGAUAGCGAUGAUAUAAUGUAGGAACGGUGAUUGGGGCGAGGCCAAUGAUUUUUGUGAUCUUGAAGUUAAUUAUUUACUUUAUAUUAAGUACACAUUUUAUUUAACUCAUUUUAUAAAGUGAUAUAUACAUAUUAUGCAGACACGUUGUGGUUAUAAUUUACUA